AUACAUAAACCUUAAAUAACAUCACGAGGUUCGUAAUAUAAAACUGUGUGUGUUUUAUAAUUCGAUCACAUUUCUACUCAAACGUCUACCUGUAACAGUCGGGCGAAAUCGAGUCAAGAGAGCAAAAUAAGGAAUCCAGGUCUUGGAAAAUAUCGUAACAAGUUUGGACUAAGCCAUCAACAUGGAUUGUAUGUCCCAGUGCGGUCGUAUAAUUCUCGUGAUUUUAAACUUCCUGAUCUUUGCGGUCGGAGGGAUGCUGGUCGCUGCUGGAAUCCUUGUGAAGGUUGGUUCGUCAGUCACCAACAGUUUGCUACAGCAAGCGCAGACGACACUCGAGACCACGGUGAAAUCGGCGGGUUUCAAUGAUAUCGACACUUCCCAGUUCGAUAUAGCCGAGUUCGUGGGCAGCGCCGUGGUGAUCUUCAUCGCUCUGGGGUCCGUCCUCUGCAUCAUCAGCAUCUGCGGAAUGUGUGGCGCCUGCUGCAAGACCAAGUGCCUCCUCUACAUAUAUCUGAUUUGCACCUUCUUAAUCUUCGCUGUCCAACUGACCGCUGUCAUCAUCAUCUUUGCUGCUCCCACCAUUAUCCACAACAGUGUCAAACCAGCUCUUAAGCAGACGAUCACUGAAGAAUACGUGGCAAUCAACUCGUCCGAUGUUACGUCACUCGUCUGGAACGUCGUCAUGAGAGGGUUGUUGUGUUGCGGAGUGGACAAUUAUGAUGAUUUCACGGGUGCGAAAAAAUGGGAGAAGAAUCCUGCAAAUAUCCAAACUCCCCUUAUCUGCUGUAAACCUGAUUAUCUGGAAGUGCCAUUCGUGUGUGCAACUACGCCGACCAAUGUAAUAAGCAACUAUCAAACAGGUUGCUACGACUCCCUGUGGAACAUGAUCGUCACUGGUCAACCUGUAACUAUCGGGGCUAUCGCUGGCAUCUUGGCCAUACAGUUGCUGCUGAUCAUCUUCACGAUGUGGAUUAUCCACCAGAUCAGCCAAGAAAACAAGAUCAGUCCGCAGUGGUGAUGUAAAGGCAAAAAGAAACUGAUGGCAACAACUUGCCAUGAAAACAACUUGUCAUCCUGGCAGUCUACACCGAGGUCCCGUCUCGAUACGAAUGUUAUCCCACUGAAGGGUGUACGAAAGCUGUAAAUAACAAUAAUGUUACCCUGGUGUGUGUCUGUGUGUUGUUCACGAAUUACCGGAUUCUACGGACAGAAUGUGUGUGCUUAUCUUUAGCAGUUGCUGUGAUAUGGGUGGGGUUUUUUUUUUACUAAUAUGAACUUAUGUGAAUAUUACAUUAUAUAUAUCUUGGGUAUUAUAUAUCUAUUUAUUUAAAAGUUGAAAUCAUGUGAAUUAAUAUUUUUAAUAUGUUAUACAAGAUAUUUGUGAUAAAACACGUUAUUAUUAUUAUUAUUAUUAUUAUUAUUAUUACGGCCAUGGAUAUAUCAAUGAUGGGAUGAAAUAUAAUAGUUCUAGUUGAAGAACCACAGGUGCUUUAUAUGUUUCUAGUGACUUUUUGUUUGGUUUGGGGGGGGGGUUGUUGUUGUUUUUUAGGUUUUUUUGUUUUUGGGGGGUUUCUUUUUGUGUGAAAAAGGGGUUCGGGUUGUUUUGUUUACCUUUUGUUGGGAUUUUUUGUUGGGUUUUUUAUUUAGUUACUAAAGUACAGUGGGCCUUUUUGUAUCUUGUCGUAUUAACUGAACAAGCCAGAACUAUAAUUAAAGAUGUUGAUGUCAUUGUAAAUGAAGAAAAUUGUAGAACGUGUGUACUAAAGAACAUUGGGCGUAUUUUUGUAAACCCUGAAAGAUAGGCUUAGACAGUGUAACGGUUUCCGGUGAUGCAUUGAUAUAAAAUAUAAUAUUUUUGAAGACAGACUGCGUGAAACACACACACACACAUACACACACACACACACACAUAUGUAAUAUUUAAUAUUAUGUUUCUCAGAGUUCACAUCGUUUGUUGACUACGUAUAAACUUGAAAACAAAUUAUCCUGCAAUCACAAUAUUUGGUAACUAGAAACAUUUCUAUAUUUUUGGUUUUAGUGACUACAAAUCUAGCAUUUUGAGGACGGGACUAUUUUUACCCUAUUUAUGAGCAGCAAAUGAAUGGUGUGGUGUUCGAAGUUAAUUAUUUUGCUUCCAGUUGAUUUUUAAAGACUGUUUUCGAGACUUCUUUAUUUAAAAAAAAACCUAACUGAUAUGUUAUUUAAGAACUUUAUUGUUUUGAUGUAUGGAUAUUGUAGGCAAUAAGGCAAUCGAUAAGCGUGAAACUACUACUCUGACAAUCGGUGAAGUUGUGAAAUAAAACGGUGUAUUUCUUUUAUUUUAUGUAUUUUGUAAGAUAGCAGGAUAAAUAAAAUAACCGGCUACUGUCAUAAGACAUCGGCUUUAUCCUGCUUGGGUCGAAUGCAAGUCGUAAGAGCCUUGAACCACUCGCCAUUUUAGGAUAAAACUCCAAAGACAGUAACCAGUUAUUCUCUAUGUUUACUGUACGGUUGAACUGCUAUAACGGACCCGUGUGUCAAAAUCACUUUUCAAUGGCGAAUCCAGAAAAUCCAUUUAGUGGGGUCCCAAUGACAUGAGGCGGAAUGCCAGUGGAACUUUGGGUGAGGUUUGGAGGGGAUUGUAAAAAAAUUAAAAUUAAUAUAUAAUAAAAUUAUAACUGUCGCAAAAUUUACGGGGGCCCGGGCCCCUGCCCAUCCCCCUCUAGAUCCGCCUCUGCUUUUCUAUAACAUACAUGUCUCUCAGUGGCUUUUCUCUAUGUAAAUAAAUGUACGUUGAAUUAGUAUAAAACUAUCACUGCAUAAAAUCAACAUAUUUCGUAGUUCCUUUGGGUGGUCGUUAUAAACAGGUUCGACUGUACAGCAGUGUGCUUUAGUGUGUGGUUGUUAAUUUGCUAUAAGUAAUCACUAACAUAUCAUCAUCUAUCAGUAACUUUAUAAAAUGCAUGACAAAUUUAUUCUUUAUGAUAAAUGCAAAAUGAGACAUUAUCCAUCAACCAUCAUUCUCACAUUUAUAAGUUUACAUGUAAAGGGAUUUAUGAAUUACCUCCCUUUUUUAAAAAUUGCCUCCUCCACUGUGACCCCUUAGAAUUUCUAAAAAUCACCAUUUGUUGCAUAUAUGACCUACCGAUACUACAAGAGUUCUUCUAAAGUUUAGGCACUUUGUUACAUUGCUGUGCUCUUUCCUCUGUCUGCAUUCAAGAAAACAACAGUUAUGUUGGUGGUAUAUGACGAUAUAACACCUCUAUGAAUUCUCAGUAACACUUUAAAGAAAAUAAAGAAAAGUGUAGGUUGGCUCUUAGUAUUUAUGUUAAAUGCAAUAUAAAACACUAUUUAUCAAUAAAAACGCUGAUAUUUAUAAAUCUAUAGGUGUGUACAUAACGGAUUACCUCCCUUUUUAAGUUGCCUUCUUCUCCCUCUCCCCCCCCCCCCAUCCCCCCAUUAAUCACCGUGACAGCCCUUGAAUUGUUCAACUGAUUCACGACAAUAAUUUGAUGGAUAUGGCCUACUUCUGCUAAAACAGGUUUAUCAAACCAAAGUUCAAGCACGCUGUACUGGGAACAUACCCCAGUUAUCUGGGCUAAUGGUGUUAGGCUAAUUGUCAGUGUCAGUGGCUAGUGAGAGAAGUCGGAGAAAUGGUCUUAAUCCUACCCAUUAAGCUUUCGAAAACUCACUAGGUGUGGUAGCUAAUAUCAGGGUUCAAAACCAGGACCCACUAGCAUUAAGACAGGGCUAUGGCGAAUCUGCGGCUUCGUAUCGCCAACGUCUUUGAUACCGACAGUAACAAAAAGCUUUGAAAGACUGAGCUAGUUAAAUUCUACCCACUGUUUAGUCUGGUUCUAUGGGUCCAUACCGUGUUUGUAAAUGUGUAAAUGUUCGCAAAAGAAAAACAAUUCAUCCCUUGUCCUUUGAGUUCGCUGCUAACUGUCACAUGUUUCCGAAGAACAGACAUUUUAACGACUAAGCUUACAUAUUAAUUAUAUUUUCUUGUUUAGGAUACCAGUAUCUUUAAUAUUAUAGUAGCCCCAACUUCAAUAUACGUCCUAAUAAGUCCAUGCAUACGAAACACCAUAGCUACACAGACACUGAUAUUCUUAACAAUAAUAUUUGUUUAUACGUUAAUUUGAGUCGUCAGAUUUAUUAGUGGGAAACACGCUACAUUGGCCGCAAACCCAAGUCAGUCCAUUUAAAAUAUCUAUCAGCUCAUCGUUUUGUAUUUUUGUGAGAAUAUUCUAAAAUCACGUCUUUUCUUCCCAUUGUUGUUGUAACACAAUGUUCAGAAAUAAAUUAAAAUGGUGUGAAUAAACUGUUUAACUCG